CCGCCGGCGCGGCGAACUCCGGACGGCCCAAAGGUCACCGGGCGGACCUUGGCCACCGGCUGUGCCACACCGAUGUCCAUGGCGCUGCCGGUGGCUCUGCUGGCCUCUGUGGCCCUGCUGCUGCUGCUGGUGGUCACGGCGUGGUCGGUGCCGUUCUUCUGGCAGGACCUGAUGUUCUUCACCACCAUGACCCGGUCAUCGCUGCGCUGCCGCCGGCGUUUGGCCGCCCGGCCGCCGGUCACUCUGCUGGACGUGUUCCGGCGCCACGUGCGGCUCCGGCCACAACAACCGCUGCUGAUCUUCCAGGAGCAGAUCUACACCUUCGAGGACAUCGAGCGGCGCAGCAACCGCGCGGCCUGGGCGCUGCGGCGGCGGCUGGGGCUGCGGCGCGGCCGCACCGUCGCCGUGUUCCUGCCCAACGUGCCCGAAUACCUCUGGACGUGGUUGGCGUUGGCCAAGUUGGGUUGUCCCAUGGCUUGUCUCAACUGCAACGUCCGGGGACGGGCGCUGCGGCACGCGCUGGAGGCGGCCGAGGCCACCGCGGUGCUGGCCAGUCCUGAGCUGCGCGAGGCGGUGGAGGAGGUCCUGCCCCACCUGCGGCGGGACGGCGUGGAGGUGUUCUACCUGAGCGCGGCGUCGCCCACGGCGGGCGUGGAGGCGCUGCUGCCCACCAUCGAGGUGGCACCUGCCGAGCCACCGCCCGCCGAGCUGCGCGCCGGCGUCACCGGAGACUCCCGGGCCUUGUACAUCUACACCUCCGGCACCACCGGGCUGCCCAAGGCCGCGGUGAUCACGGAGCUGAAGCUGAUGAUGGUGGCCAGCCUGGGCCGGGUCUGCGGCCUGAGGCCCGACGAUGUCGUCUACACCGCGCUGCCGCUCUACCACUCGGCCGGGCUGCUGGUGGGGCUCGGCGGCUGCCUGGACGUCGGUGCCACCUGCGUCCUGCGGUCCAAGUUCUCGGCCUCUCAGUUCUGGCCCGACUGCCGGCGCUACAACGUCUCCGUCAUCCAAUACGUGGGCGAGCUGAUGCGCUACCUGUGCAACACGCCCCAGCGCGCCGAUGACCGGGAGCACGGCGUGCGCAUGGCCCUGGGCAACGGGCUGAGGGCCGAGGUGUGGAAGGAGUUCCUGCGGCGCUUCGGGCCCGUCACCAUCUGGGAGUUCUACGGCGCCACCGAGGGCAACGCCGGAUUCAUCAACUACACCGGCAAGGUCGGCGCCGUGGGCAGGGCCAACCGCUUCAUCAAGCUCUUCGCUCCCUUCGAGCUCAUCCGCUACGACGUGGAGGAGGAGCAGCCGGUGCGCGACGGGCGGGGCCUCUGCAUCCCCACCAAACCUGGUGAGACGGGGCUGCUGGUGAUAAAGAUCACCAAGAACACCCCGUUCCACGGCUACGCCGGCGACUCGCAGAAGACCGAGAAGAAGAUCCUGAGGGACGUCCUGGUCAAAGGCGACGCCUUCUUCAACAGCGGCGACCUCCUCAUGAUGGACAGCGAGAAGUUCAUCUACUUCCAGGACCGCGUCGGGGACACCUUCCGCUGGAAAGGGGAGAACGUGGCCACGACGGAGGUGGAGGCCACGCUGGGCUUGGUGAGCUUCAUCCAGGAGGUCAACGUCUACGGCGUGGCCGUGCCGGGGUGCGAGGGCCGCUGUGGCAUGGCCGCCGUGCGCCUCAAGGACGGGGCCACCUUCGAUGGUGACGAACUCUACGCCUUCACCGAGGACACGCUGCCCCCCUACGCCGCGCCCCGAUUCGUCCGGAUCCAGGCCGCUCUGGAGACCACGGGCACCUUCAAGCAGUGCAAGACCAACCUGGUCAAGGAGGGCUUCGACCCCGGCCUGGUCAGGGACCGGCUCUUCUUCCGCGACGCCGCGCGCCGCUCCUACGUGCCGCUGAGCGCCGCCACCUUCGCCGCCAUCCGCGACAUGCGCCUCGCGCUCUAAUUAGCAGAGCCUAAUUAGGGCUAAUCAGCCGCUUGGUUGGUGUUGGUGUCAGAUGGAAAUUAAAUUCCUUUAAUUCCCAUUUUUUGGCUGCCCGAGGAUUUGGGGGAUUUUUUGGGAUUGUAGCGGCUCCGUGGUAGCCCCAGCGAGCACACGACCCCGGGGUAAUUAAUUAAAACUAAUUAGGGGCUAAUCAGGCAUUUUGGGGAGGUUUGGUGUCAUUAAU